UUCUAGUUGCCUCCUGUGCUUUAGAGUUUUUUGUUACUCCUCCAAACCGCUCCUGCCUGUGUAGUUCUGGGUUCUUGUGUUUUGGGUCCAAGCCUCCUACCCUCAGUGUGACAGCCGGACUGAAAUGCACUUACAGAUGAACACUCACACCAUCUAAUUCUAUGGAAUGAAAAGCAUGGUCAUCAGGCUAAUGAUGAAACAGUCUAAUGUUUUUAUUAUUAUUGUCACCGAGGUUUUAUUUUGGCUGCUUCUGUAGAAAGUAGACAGUUCUCCUCUGUCAACUCUCUACAAUAAGAGUUUAUAACAACUCCAAUAGUUUAUCAAUGUUUUCUGGUAAAAAUGUAAAAACCAGCUGAGUGAUCUCAUGUUCAUGAUGUUCUUGACUCUGGAUCUUCUCCUCCUGAAGCCCGAGGCUCUGACCACAGCCCUGGACACGUGCAACUGCGUGUUCAUCGGGAUUUUCUCAGUGGAGUUGGUGGCGAAUGUCCUCCUGUACAGGAUCAAGUACUUCACUGAUUGGGAGAAUGUCGUGGACCUCGCCAUCAUCAUCAUCGGCAUCGUGGAAAUCGUGUGGCAGACAGAGACCAGACUCUACGUCCUCCGUGUGUUCCGCGUCACUCGGAUCAGCAUGCUGUCCAACUUCUCUCCUAAGCUACAGAGGCAGUGGGAGAUCCUGAAGCGAUCCAUCAGGCAGUCGCUGCAUCUCUCCAUGAUGUUUUUUUUUCAUAGUCUACAUCUUCAGGCACGUACACACACACGCAUGCACGCACACACGCACGCACGCACACACACUCACACAAUUUGCUCUAAUAAGGAUCUGGCUGACUCUCACUGCAGCAUGUGGGGAACGGUGUUAUUCAGCUGUGAGGGCUUUCCACCGCCGGAGGUCCAGGGACUCUUUCAUCCCCAGGCCAGCUUUGACUCGCUGUGGAAGUCCAUGCUCACCGUCUUCCAGAUCAUCACCGGGGACAGCUGGAACGUGAUAAUGUACAGUGCGAUGCUAUACAACUCCCCAUACACCGCACUGUACUUUAUCACCGUCAUAAUCAUUGGGAAGGAACUCCUAAGCUUCCUGGUGGGCAUGGUCAUGGCACACUUUGACCGUAUGCGGAAUAUACCUCAGACAUCAUCAUCUGUAGAAACCGACUCCUCCAGGUCCGAGUCUCGGUCGGACCCUUUGUCGGCCUCUUCAGGGCCACCAACCAGCUCGCCGUCUGGACCUGUAAGUUACUCUGAAGCAACCUGUCCUUUAAAUCCACUAUUUGAGCAGCAACACAACCUUGAGACAGGUGCGUGCAAGUGCUGCUUUUUGAAAUGCGUCAAUUUUAUCACACACACUUUUGUUUAUGUAGACGCCCGAGCCCAGCGGAAGUAGCGGCAGCUGGCCCAGCACGGUGAGGGUCAACAGAAGCCCAAGCAAUGCACAGGGAUGCUCCAGCCAGAGGAGUAGCGCCGGGUUCCAGAGCAGCUCAGAAGAUGGGAGGAGCCCAUGACCCGGAGCAGCUCAAAGGUCAAGAGGAGCCCCAGGGCUCAGAGCAGCUCAAAAGUUUAAAGGAGUGCUGCACCGUUUAGUUAAUUUUAAAGUUUUAAUGUUCAGGUUAACAAAAUGUUUAAAUUUUGGUUAUGAAGUGUUUUAGUGCUUUUGCUCUUGGUGUCAAACUAAAAACUUUGUUUUUGUUUGACAAAGUUGUCAUGUUGUUUAGCAACAGUUUGGUGUUUCUGGUUGUUUUGUUUAGAUGUAAUUAGGUUUGUAAGUGGCUCAAACAUCAGGGUGUAAGCAUCCUCCUGUCCAGAGGCUUGGAGUUAUGCACCAUGUUUCAACAAGGCUGCAACGUCACCACGGAAGAUGAAGAGUCGUGUUUUUGGCCAGAAUCAUGCAGAGAGGACUGGCUGACCCCUUUAGGGCCCCUGAAGAAAAAGCUGCAGACACACUCGGAUCUCCCAGCCUGUGGUCCUUCCAGCAGCAGAGAGCAUCUACUUCAGCUCGUCUUCUCAGCAGAGUGAAGAUCUGAAGUUUAUCUAAACAUUUUGCCAUAAAAUGCAGAGACAUUGAAUUAUGACUUAAUAUCUUUAGUAUGCUUAAGUGAUGCGUAAUUAAGACACAUAAAAACAGUAUUUUAAGCUUUAAAAUACACAAUAGAUGCUACUUGAUGUGCCCUCUGGUGGAGGACCUGUGUACUACUGGUGGCUAGUCUGCUAUUAUUAUGCAUUCCUUUGCCUCCGCUUUGAUGAUCUGUUGCUCAGGGAAAAAAGCUAAUUCAAAAUGUGAAGAACGGUGAGCCCAAUGUUCUUCACACAAACAUCCACUCAACAUUUGCCUCUAAAGCUGCCCUCGGUGAAAUGGAUCAACCCUUUCCAUCCUUAUGGAGGCCCACGAUUUUGUCUCUGGCAUAUUUAGACAUGAGAGAUGGCUGAACAAAAGGAUGCAAAAGGUGAGUUAGGCUUAACAUGUCCCUUUUAAAUUAGAUAAAUGGUUUUAAAGAGUCUGAAAAUUACAUUUACAAAAAGUUUAUAUGUCAAGUUCUUUAUUUAACUGCCUUUAUUCCUAUAAUUUAAUAAAAUAGCAUCUAUUAUAUUAAGUUGAAACAGAAUCUACUGUAGUGAGAAUAUUUGUUCCUUGCAAAAAUAGGGCCUGUCUAACAGUAGCUGAGAUUAGGAUUCUCAUGUUAACUUAGUUUGCCUUUGAGAAGCUUUCUGGUUGUCUUCAUAAUUUAUUUAAUAAACACGUUUGAGACAUCUGGUGAGCAUCGUUUUCGUAUGAAAGCUGCCACUCAAAGAUUAAGUUUGUGCAAAAUCUUCUCAAGAUUACGCACCUUCAUGUGCAAGUUCAGAAAUUUGUACUAAAUAAUUUUCUUACUGCUGGUGAAAAAGGACUUGAAUUCUUAAAGAUGCAGUCAUCCUAUCAAGAAUAAAUGUUUUCAGGUUUUUAUGGUCCAAACU